AUAUACCUUUCCCGUUUGAAUCUCAACAAUCCAAAAAUAACUAAACCAUGGCCCAUUCAAUAAUCCCAUCACCAACCUCAUCAUCACCCAUCUCAAGUAGAGCUACUCACAAGACUCCUCCACCAUUGCUAGGGUUUCAGAGAAACCUUACUACUCAUCCUGGCUUCAUUCAAGCGGCCCUCCAUGAUAAAACAAUCACUAGAAGGGUCUUCGUUUGGGGCUUGACUGGUGCGGCAUUGGGCUUGAAUGCAGGACAACAAAGUGCAAACGCAGCAAAGCGGAGGCCACCACCUCCACCACCGGAGGAAAAGAAAGACCCUAAUGUAAGUGGUGUUCUGGCAAAGAUUCUUGCCAGCAAGAAGAGAAAAGAAGCCAUGAAAGAAUCUGUGGCUAAAUUAAGAGAGAGAGGGAAGACCAUUGAUGAAUAGCCCACCAGAAUAAGUUGCAGAUACGAAUUUGUUAGCGAGAUUUCAUGUCGAAACGGUAUGUAAAAUCCUUCUUCAAAAGGAGAAUAAAUUUGUAAUUUCCCAGUGACUAUUUUUAGUUUGAAAUGGAUUUUGAUUCAA